UCCAUCAUUUUCUUAUUUUCCGGCUUUCCGCCCACGAUUCCCAAAUCCCAAUACUGAAAAUUCUCUACCGCAGCACUCAGCUCGGCACGUGCGGCUGCGACGCCAUCAAAAACGUCGCCGUCACGUUCACCAUUUAGCAAACUUUUUCAUGACUUUUUAGAACUCAGCUUUUUAAUUUUAUUUUUGUGUAGUGUAACCAAAUUGUAAUUAGAUCAAUGGCAACAAACACUAAUUCAAAUCCAAAUGACAUUACUAAACCUGUAAUGUUACAUGAGAUUGGACCUGAUGGCAUUGCUAGAGAAUCACCUGUAAUUGCUUACACUGAAAAGAUAAUUGAAGAAGAGCAGUUUCAAUUGAGAAAAUAUAUUGAUGAAAAUUAUUCCAAGAUCCGUGAUGUCGAAAAGGAAUUCGCAAACCUGUCAAUGGAGAUGAAGCUUACUGCUGGGCCAAAAAAAGCAGCACUUGAACUCAUGAGGAAGAAAAUAGAAAUGUCAACAGAGAGAAUCCGUGUUGCUAAGCUGAAGGAAGAACAAGCACGAAAGGCUUGGGAAGCGGCAUCACAGGCUGUUAAGGACGAGGAGGCAAUUAAACAAAAGCUUUGUGAGGAUUUGAAUAGCCUGGUUCUGGAAAGUAGUAACAGUCAGCUAGCUAGAUUGGAGGAAUUGAAAAGACGGCUGGAAGCUUUAAAUCCAAGUAGAGCAUCCAUUGCCUCUGCAUCUGAUCAAAAUACUGUGGUACCUACACAAAGUAGUAUGGCUCAAGAUGUUUCCUCAGUUAAGGAUACACAAGAAUCGUUGAGCGGAUCAUCUGGAAAUACAUUGAAAGAAGGAAAUGCUAGAAGUAGUGCAGCAGAAAAUGGACGAAAACAAUUGCCUUCUCUUGAUGAAGCAAGAGGUAAGAAGAAAAUCAAUCUCCAAGGAAGAGGAAAGGGAAUUGGCAUAGUGCCUAAAGGUAGAGGUUCAGCAGCACCUGGUUGGACUGGAGCUGGGUUUGAUGUUGAUGGUAGAAGUUGAUAGCAGGUUUUCUCAAUGUUUAAGUUCACUGGAAUAAGAGACAUAUUGACUUGUGAAUACGUUGAAUAUAUACUAUUUUCUAUUAUACCAUGUAUGUGAAAUAUCGUUUCUGAAAUUCUAAUGACUUGUGAAUACGUUGAAUAUAUAGUUCCUGAAUCUUUCUUGUGUAAAUCGAUUUUAGUUUGCGUUAAC